UCAGUUGCAGCCAGUCCUGCACAGGUUGAAAUCUGGGUCUUCACUCUGUAACUUACCAUGAUGGAUCCAUUUAUAAGGCCUUCACUGAAAGGCUGCAUGGAUAGAGGAUGUGCAGAAUGCAAAGGACGUGUUGGACUUUGUUCUUGUGCUUGACGAUUUUGCGGAGAGAGAACUGUGAAACAACUGGACAUUAUUUGCAAUCUAAACCACAGACCACAUAUUCGGCUGUUCACAGGAGCUGGCAGGUGGUGAAGCUGAGGAAGCACAUCUGUUGUAAGAAAGGCCAUUGCAUACAACUGCAUAGGCGUGAUAUAAGGAACGUUUGGCUUUACUAGGUGAAGAUGGAUGACAGGUGCUACCCAGUGAUCUUUCCAGAUGCACGCAACUUCCGGCCCUUCACUUCUGACUCUCUGGCUGCAAUUGAGAAGCGGAUUGCCAUCCAAAGGGAGAGCAAGAAGUCCAAGCACCAGACCGCAGAAUCCCAGCCUCGACCCUACCUUGACCUCAAGGUCUCCAGGAAGUUGCCCAAGCUCUAUGGUGACAUUCCCCAGGACUUGGUAGCAAAACCCCUGGAAGACUUGGACCCAUUCUACAAAAAUCACAAGACAUUUAUGGUGUUGAACAAAAAGAGAACAAUCUACCGCUUCAGUGCCAAGCGUGCCUUGUUCAUUUUUGGGCCUUUCAAUUCCAUCCGAAGUUUGGCCAUUAGAGUCUCAGUGCAUUCGCUGUUCAGCAUGUUCAUCAUCUGCACCGUCACCAUCAACUGUGUAUUCAUGGCCAUGGCUUUCGGGAAGGACAACAGUAACAUAGACACUGACCAGGCAGAGUAUGUCUUCACUGGGAUUUAUAUUUUUGAAGCUUUCAUAAAAAUAUUGGCAAGAGGUUUUAUUCUGGACGAGUUUUCUUUUCUUCGAGAUCCAUGGAACUGGCUGGAUUCCAUUGUCAUUGCAACAGCGUUUGUGUCAUAUGUGCCAAAUAUCAAGGCCAGCGGCAUCAGUCUGUCAUCCCUGCGCACAUUCCGAGUGUUCAGAGCUUUGAAAGCAAUUUCAGUGGUCUCAGGGCUGAAGGUCAUCGUUGGGGCCUUGCUGCGUUCUGUGCAGAAGCUUGUUGACGUGAUGAUCCUGACCAUCUUCUGCCUCAGCAUCUUCGCCCUGGUAGGUCAGCAGCUCUUCAUGGGAAACCUGAACCAGAGGUGUGUCAGGAGGGACUGUAACAAGUCCGUGUACCUUGAAGACUACUGCUUUGAAAAGAAAGAUUCCGCUGACUACAGAAUAUGUGGCACCUGGCAGGGUGACAGUGCCUGUUCUGACCAGUUUGAAUGCUGCCACACCAAAAAUAAUCCUGACUAUAAUUAUACAAAUUUUGACAACUUCGGCUGGUCUUUUCUUGCCAUGUUCCGGCUUAUGACCCAAGAUUCCUGGGAGAAGCUUUAUCAACAGACCCUGCGCACCUCAGGGCUGUUCUCAGCCUGCUUCUUUGUGGUGGUCAUCUUCCUGGGCUCUUUCUACCUGAUCAACUUAACCCUGGCCGUUGUCACCAUGGCUUAUGAGGAGCAGAACAGGAACGUGGCUGCUGAGACAGAGGCCAAGGAGAAGAUGUUCCAGGAAGCCCAGCAGCUACUAAAGGAGGAGAAGGAGGCUCUGGUUGCCAUGGGAAUUGACAGAAGUUCACUUACCUCCCUUGAAACAUCAUCUUUUUCCCCAAAGAAGAGAAAGCUAUUUGGUAAUAAGAAAAGAAAGUCCUUCUUUUUGAGAGAGUCUGGAAAAGACCAGGUUCCAGGAUCAGAUUCUGAUGAAGACUCCCCAAAGAAGCCACACCUCCUCGAGCAAACCAAACGAUUGUCCCAGAAUCUGUCCCUGGAUCCCUGUGAGGAGCACGGAGACCCCUUCCAAAGGCAGAGGGCACUGAGUGCGGUCAGCAUCCUCACCAUCACCAUGCAGGAACAAGAGAAAUCACAGGAGCCUUGCCUCCAAUGUGGAGAAAACCUGGCCUCCAAAUACCUUGUGUGGGGCUGCAGCCCCCGGUGGCUGUGCGUUAAGAAGGCCCUGAGAAUCGUGAUGACUGACCCCUUUUCUGAGCUGGCGAUCACCAUCUGCAUCAUAAUCAACACUGUCUUCUUGGCCAUGGAGCAUUACAAAAUGGACCCACAUUUUGAGAAUAUGUUGUAUAUAGGGAAUUUGGUUUUCACUGGCAUCUUUAUGGCAGAAAUGUGCCUAAAAAUCAUCGCACUAGAUCCCUACUACUACUUUCGCCGAGGCUGGAACAUUUUUGACAGCAUUGUUGCUCUUCUGAGCUUUGCAGAUGUGAUGAUCAGUAUAAUUAUGGGGAAACAAAGUUGGCCAUUUUUCCGUUCCUUAAGAGUGCUGAGGGUCUUCAAGUUAGCCAAAUCCUGGCCAACUUUAAACACAUUGAUUAAGAUUAUUGGCCACUCUGUUGGAGCCCUUGGAAAUCUGACUGUUGUCCUGGCCAUUGUGGUCUUUAUUUUCUCAGUGGUUGGCAUGCAGCUUUUUGGCUAUAAAUUCAAUGCUGAAAAGAAAAAUGCGAAAUCCUGUGACUCUACAACCCCCUGUUUUCGACGCUGGCACAUGGGGGAUUUCUACCACUCCUUUCUGGUGGUAUUCCGCAUCCUCUGUGGGGAAUGGAUCGAAAACAUGUGGGAAUGUAUGCAAGAAGCUGAUAAACCACUGUGCAUUAUUGUCUUCCUGUUGAUCAUGGUGGUAGGAAAACUCGUGGUGCUCAACCUCUUCAUUGCCUUGCUGCUCAAUUCCUUCAGCAACGAGGAGAGGGAUGGAAACUUGGAUGGAGAGGCCAAGAAAACCAAAGUCCAGUUAGCCCUAAAUCGGUUCCACCAGGCUUUUUGUUUUGUGAUAUAUACUCUUAAGCAUUUUUGUUGCAAGUGGUGCAGGAAGCAAAACUUACCAAAGCAAAAAGAGGUGACUGCAGGCCCUGCUGCAGAGAGCAAAGAUAUCAUUCCCUUGGUCACAGAGGUGAAAAAGGGCCCGGGGACCUGGGAGGAGUUUGGUGCACACCUUUCUGCACCACACACCUUGAUUGUUGGCCAUGACCAGACUUGGUUGGCACCACUUGCAGAGGAAGAAGAUGAUGUUGAAUUUCCUGGUGAAGAUAAUGCACAGCCUGUCAUACAACCUGAGGCCAGGAAACAGGCCUAUGAGCUCCAUCAGGAGACCAGGAAGUUCACCAGCCCAGGAGCUCAACAUGUGGAAAUUGAUAUGUUUCCUGAUGAUGAUGUUCAUCUGUCAGUACAGGAUCUCCGAAAGAUGUCUGAUGCUAUCAGUGUGCUCUCAGAAUGUAGCACCAUUGAUCCGCAUGAUCCCUUGGGAUGGGUACUGGAAAUGGUUCCCAAAAAGGAGCCAGAGAGAUGUUUUCCCAAAGGCUUGGGUCGCUGCUCUCCACGCUGCGCUACAGGCUGGACACAGUCCCCCUGGAUCAUUUGGUGGAAACUUCGGAAAACCUGCUAUCAAAUAGUGAAGCACAGCUGGUUUGAGAGCUUUAUUAUCUUUGUGAUUCUGCUAAGCAGUGGAGCCCUGGUAUUUGAAGAUACUAACCUUGACCAACGACCCAGUAUCCAAGCAUUACUUAAUUGUACUGACAACAUUUUCACAUACAUUUUUAUCCUGGAGAUGGGUCUGAAAUGGGUGGCCCUCGGAUUUGGGAAGUACUUCACCAGUGUGUGGUGCUGGCUCGAUUUCGUCAUUGUGAUUGUCUCUGUGAUCACUCUCAUGGACAUAAAGGGCUUGAAGUCCCUCCGCACUCUCCGGGCGCUGCGGCCCCUGCGCACACUGUCCCAGUUUGAAGGCAUGAAGGUGGUAGUCGAUGCCCUCAUCGGUGCCGUACCUGCCAUUCUGAAUGUCUUGCUUGUCUGCCUCAUUUUCUGGCUCAUAUUUUGUAUCCUGGGAGUGAACUUCUUUUCUGGACAAUUCGGAAGAUGCAUUAAUGGGACAGAUACAAUAAAUCACAGCAUUGUUGCAAACCGAAGUCAGUGUCAAAGUGGAAAUUUCUCCUGGGUCAACGAGCUGGUGAACUUUGACAACGUGGGAAUGGCUUACCUCGCCCUGCUGCAAGUGGCAACGUUUAAGGGCUGGAUGGGUAUUAUGUAUGCAGCUGUCGAUUCCAGAGGGAAAGAACAACAGCCCAAGUUUGAGGAGAACCCACUGAAGUACCUUUUCUUUGUGGUUUUCAUCAUCUUUGGCUCAUUCUUCACUCUGAACCUCUUUAUUGGUGUUAUUAUUGACAACUUCAACCAACAGCAGAAAAAGAUAAGUGGUCAAGACAUUUUUAUGACAGAAGAACAGAAGAAAUACUAUAAUGCAAUGAAAAAAUUAGGAUCCAAAAAACCUCAAAAGCCCAUUCCAAGGCCUCGGAAUAAAUGCCAGGGCCUCGUGUUUGACCUGGUCACAAGCCAGGCCUUUGACAUCACCAUCAUCAUCCUCAUCAUCCUCAACAUGCUCUGCAUGAUGGCUGAGUCAGACCAACAGCCCAAAAGCAUGGAAGACGUCCUCGAGCAGCUCAACCUGGCCUUUGUGGGCAUCUUUACAAUUGAGUGUCUCAUCAAAAUAUUUGCUUUGAGGCAAUACUACUUCACCAAUGGCUGGAACCUAUUUGAUUGUGUGAUCGUGGUCCUUUCUAUUGUUAGUACGAUGGUCUCUGCCUUGGAGCACCAGGAGCACAUUCCGUUCCCGCCAACACUCUUCAGAAUUGUCCGCCUGGCUCGGAUUGGCCGAAUCCUGAGGCUGGUUCGGGCGGCCCGGGGAAUCAGGACUCUCCUGUUUGCUCUCAUGAUGUCCCUUCCCUCUCUAUUCAACAUUGGUCUUCUACUUUUUCUGGUUAUGUUUAUUUAUGCCAUUUUUGGUAUGAACUGGUUUUCCAAAGUGAAAGAAGAGGCUGGAAUUGAUGACAUAUUCCACUUCCGAACUUUUGUUGGUAGCAUGCUCUGUCUCUUCCAGAUAACCACGUCAGCAGGCUGGGACGCCCUCCUCAGCCCCAUGCUGCGAACAAACGACUCAUGUGACUCCAGAUCAGAAAACUGCCACCUGCCUGCUGUAGCCAUAACCUACUUUGUCAGUUACAUCAUCAUCUCCUUUCUCAUUGUUGUCAACAUGUAUAUUGCUGUGAUUUUAGAGAACUUCAACACAGCCACUGAAGAAAGCGAGGACCCUCUGGGUGAAGAUGACUUUGAAAUAUUCUACGAAAUCUGGGAAAAAUUUGACCCAGAAGCAACCCAAUUUAUCAAAUAUUCUGCCCUCUCUGACUUUGCUGACGCCCUUCCUGAGCCUUUACGUGUGGCAAAGCCAAAUAAAUUUCAGUUUCUUGUGAUGGACUUGCCCAUGGUGAGUGGAGAUCGCCUCCACUGCCUGGACAUUCUCUUCGCUUUCACCACCAGGGUCCUCGGUGACUCUGACGGCCUGGAUAGCAUGAAGGCAAUGAUGGAGGAGAAGUUCAUGGAAGCCAACCCUUUCAAGAAGUUAUACGAGCCCAUAGUCACCACCACCAAGAGGAAGGAAGAGGAACGAUGUGCUGCUGUCAUUCAAAAGGCCUUUCGAAAGUACAUGAUGAAGGUACCUCCCUGUGCCUUGGGGGACAGGCCUCCUUCCCCACUGCAGAAACUCUGCAAUGGGGACUUGUCCAGCUCUGGGGUGUCCGAGGGCAAGGUCCACUAUGACUGAUCCCCUCGCCCCCUCAUGGUCUCACAGCCUUGCCUGCAGCCUCUGAGCUCCAGGGGCCCACAGAUGAACUAGCCAUUCGGUUUCCUUCUGGCUACAAGAAGUGAUGUUUCAGUGUUUAUUUCAAAUGGUUCUUAUUGACAGAUACAACUUAAGGCUGCCUGCCUACUAACCACUGGUACUGUUUUAUGAAGGAAGAAGACUCUAGAAGGGCUGUAAGGACACGCUAGUGUUAGGAUUGAAAAAUAAUUCAAAUUAUGUCAGAACAAAAGAAUGAGAAACAAAAGACACAUUAAAGUUUUAGAUUGUGUUUCUCCAUGUGUCUUUAGGCACAUUGUCUGGUACCUUUGAUAUCUUCCCCAGUGCAAGCAUGUGGCUUAUCACAGAGAGCACCGUUGUAUGCUAAGUGAAAACUCAAAACCUGCCAAUAAAGAAAUAGCUUAUUACAGAUAUUUUUUAACAACACUAAGUAUUUGGGGUUUAUUUCAAACCUCAGGGCAUGAUCUUGACAUGUCAGUUAUCACCUUUCACUAGCUACAGUCUCUGUUACAUAUAUUUGGAAAAAUAAAUAAUAAAUUCAU